AUGGACUUGGACUUGAACUCCCGAAAUUCCGGAUCCUUGACAAAGAAGCGCACUCGGAUCCUCCUCUCCUGCGCGCCAUGUCGCAACUCGAAGCUCAAGUGUGACCGUGAGCAGCCAUGCGGGCAGUGCGCCAAAAAGGGUCGCCUGGACCUAUGCGUCUAUGCGCCAAAGCCGGAGAAGAAGAGGCCGGCGGCCAAGGGCAUGGCGGCUCGGCUCAAGAGGCUUGAGGGAAUGGUCCGAGGCAUGAUGGACGAAGAGGGCAACCUCAAGCGGCAGCCUCAGGCGGCGGGCGAGAGCACGGCGCCGCAGUUGAAGGGGCAGGUUGUCCACGGAGAGAAUGCGACGACAUAUGUGGGGGCGACUCAUUGUUUGGCGAUGCUUGAGGAUAUCGAAGACAUCAAGGCCUACUUUGAUGAUCCCGGAGACUCGGAUGACGACGCCGUGCCGGGGGAUGAGCUGGACGGGCCGGAAAUGCUGCUCUACUCGAGAGGAGUUCCGAGAGAUCGAGAAGAGCUUCUUGCCCAGCUCCCCGAAAGGAAGGUCGCGGACCGGCUCUACGUGCAAUUCUGGCAAAGCCCAAACGAAGCUUCACUCCACUGGGUAGCCCUCCUCUUCAUGGUCCUCUCCCUAGGCGUCUUCUUCAACAACUUCUCCGCCCCCGACGAAGUCGAGAGCGACUCCCCGAUACCCGUCAAGGACAGAAUCAGGCAGUACCGCUCAUGCGCCGGCUGGGCCCUGAUAUGGGGCAAAUACGCACAGCCAACCGCCAUCACGAUCCCCGCCUUCAUCCUCUACGUCGAGGCCGACUUCAUCCUCAACCGCGCGGCGCAGAUGAACUGCUACAUCCUGUCGGGCGUCUGCCUGCGGCUGAUGCUCAAGAUGGGGUUCCACCGGGAUCCCUCUCACCUGGCAAACAUCUCGCCGUUUGAAGGAGAGAUGCGGCGGAGGCAGUGGAACAUGGCUGCCCAGAUCGACCUCCUCGUCUCCUUCCACAUGGGGCUCCCGAGCAUGCUCAGCGGCAUCGAAUCAGACACGGAACUGCCCCGGAACCUGGAGGACGACGACUUUGACGAAAACUGCAAGGAGCUCCCGCCGCCACGGCCCGACACGGUCUACACCUUCAUGACCUACGCCAUCCACAAGUCCAGGCUCCUCCGGGUGUUUAGACAAAUCGCCCAGCAAGCACACUCCCUCACGCCACCAAGCUACAGCGAAGUCCUCAAGCUCGACAACCUCCUCACCGAAACCUGGAACAGCGUCCCCUCCUUCAUGUACGUCAAGCCGCUCGAGGAGUGCGUCGGCGAGGAGCCCCAUCAAAUCCUCCAGCGCUACGGCCUCGCCUCCCUCUAUCACAAGAGCCGCUGCGUCCUCCACCGCCGCUAUCUAGCCGAGGCCGUGCCCAAGCCCGAGCAUGACUACUCCCGGAACCAGUGCCUGGACGCCGCCAUGGCGCUGCUCGACUUUCAGCACGCUUCGUGGGUUGGGUGCCAACCUGGCAACGUCCUCGGCCGCUCCGGCUGGUUCAUGAGUUCCCUUGCCGUGCACGACUUUAUGCUGGCCGCCAUGAUCUUGUAUCUCAUCGUACAGAACGACAACUAUCGGGAAGACGGCACCGGCUUUGGCACGGCAGGCAGACAAAGAGAAGCGCCGACCAAGGAACAGCUGAUUGGCAUGAUCCAGAGGUCGCACUACAUUAGCUGCCGAGUCUUCAACAAGUUGACAGACCUGAGGAAGACGGCAGAUACACUGGCCGUCAUGCUGGCCAAACUUGGGAGACCCGUUGAACGAAGCUCACCCGCUUCAUCAAGCACCCCGUACCCUCCAACAUCCGGAAGGGACUCGAGCAGAUCAAUCUCCAGUCACGCAGUACCCCAAGAAGCCGUCGAAUACGCGUCUGAUUAUCCCACCAGCGGCCUCGAGGGUACUUUCUACAGCCCCAGCCCAGUACGACUAUCAGUGACUAACAUAACUGCAGGUUCAGGCUCAAGCUCCGGCCCGACACCGUACUCCCAAGGCCAAGCAGCCACCGCCGCAGCUGCUGCGGUGACCAUACCCGGCCAAAGCAAUACGUCUGCUCCAAUGGCAACCGGCAUCAAUCAAUUUGACAUGUCCUGGAUGCUGUCUGUGGAUAACGUAGACUGGAGACACCUCGAUGCUUCUAUCGGGCAGCAUGCGAUGGAUAGCUCGGGUACCAGUGCACCUCAAUCAUGGAUAGAGAGACUGCCGCUGGAUGAUGUGGACAUGAUGGCUGCUGAUAUUUGGAAUAUGCCUCCUGGGGCUGGUACUCAAUAA